AUGGAUGGUGUGAAGCGCUUCAUUGUUUGCCUUCAAAACAAGAGAUCUUUGAGGCACAGUAGCGAGUCUUAUGAAAACUAUUGUUCUCCUUAUUACACGAGGGAGAGUCUUUUGAAUACUUAUAAAAUACUAGUAGACCCGCUGUCUGGCGAAAGCAAAUGGAAUAUGCCACUACAUAUAGCUGAAGAAGUUAUAAUGCCACCUACUGGGAAAAGACAGUCAGGAAGACCGCAAAAGCAAAGAUACAAACCAUAUGGUGAAGUAAAUUCAAAGAAGUACAAGGUGUCAUGUGGAAACUGCGGCGUAGAAGGGCAUAAUAAAAGAUCUUGUAAGAAUGUUCCCAAAAGGAAAUAA